GCAAUGAUAAAAUGUUUUAAAAUACUUUAGAGUUUUAGACCGUUUUAUAACUUCAAUCAUGUGUAUUGUAAAUGAUUAGAUUAUAAAUAUCGCGUCAUACAAUAAUAAUAAAUUACGUAAAUGAAUACAUUGUGGCAAAGAAUAAUUGCACUCCAUUGUAGUCAUUUCCAGUCUUUCAAGUUAUACCCAAUAUACGGUAUCUACUUAGUGAUUAUAAUUACAAAAUUUGUAAUUAUGAUUAAUAAAUCAUACAAUACGUACAUAAAAUGACCAUGAAAAUACCGUAUUGAUCAGCGCAAUAAACCGUAAAAACAUUAAAAGUGUAUAGUUAGUGGUUAUGGUUCAGUCUUUUCAUUGAAGUCAAGUAGCAAAAUUAUUAUUGAUUCAGUAUUUUUUUAUUGUCAAGAAGAUGAAUGGUUACAAAGAUGGACUACAUGAUGACUUCGAAGAGAUCACAAUUCCAGUGCCUUGGGGCCAUAUUUCAGGGAAAUGGUGGGGCUCAAAGGAUGUCCAGCCAAUAAUUGCUAUACACGGUUGGCAAGAUAAUGCGGGUACAUUUGAUAAAUUAGCCCCCAAAUUGAAAGAUAGUGGUUUCUCAGUGUUCUGUAUUGAUUUACCUGGUCAUGGUUUGUCCUCCCAUUUACCCCCUGGGCACUGCUACUACUUGUUUUGGGAUGGAUUGCAUAUAGUAAGGCGUAUUGUCAAACACUUUAAAUGGACCAAAGUAACACUAAUGGGGCAUAGUUUAGGAGGUGCUAUAUCGUUCCUUUAUGCAGGAACUUUUCCCAAAGAGGUAGAAAAGUAUAUUUGUAUUGAUAUAGCCUCACCAAGUGUAAGAAACAUGUCCAAAUUAGUGGAACAAGCUGGAGAUGCUUUAGACAAAUUUUUAAAGUACGAAACUUUAACUAAAAACCAGCAUCCUUGUUAUGAAUAUGAAGAUAUGAUUAGUAUAGUACAAGAAGCUUAUAAAGACAAUUUGGAUAGAGAAGGCUGUGAAAUAAUGAUGAGAAGGGGAAUGAAAAAGGCAAAAGACAGGAAAGGUUAUUAUUUCUCGAGAGAUGUAAGACUCAAAGCGAGUGCAAUGGGUUUUAUGAGUUUGGACCAGAUAUUGGAAUUUGCUUCCAAGACAAUUUGUGAAGUGCUCAACAUAAGAGGUCAUCCAGGUCAUAAAUUUGAUCAUCCAGAGCACUAUGACAUAGUGCUAGAGAAAUUAAGUAAGACCGCAAAAAAAGUUGAAAGACACAUUAUCCCAGGGACACACCAUUUACAUUUGAACGAUGCAGACACAGUAGCUCCCAUUAUAAUUAAAUUUUUGAAAUCUUAAUGGUUAUUUUGAAUAAAUUAUUCAAGUAUUAAAUUAUUUAUAUUUCAGGUGGUGACUUGGUAGUUACUUAAUUUGUUCACU